CUUACCAUGUUUUAGUUUUUUUUUAGCAAAUGUUUGAAAAAGUAAUAUUAAAUAAAACUGUGCUGACGAGACGUAAGCAAAACUAACCAAAGCCACGUGUCCAUCUGAAGCUCUCCUCUACCCGGUUAGCCUGCGAUUUGGAACUCGCCUGGGUUACGAGUUACGACUCAGACCCGAAGCCGGAUCACAUUCAUGACCAGGGUUCUCCAGUGGAGCCACUCCAAGACUGUAGCUUUACUCUGGUUCCUCUCCGCCAUAAUCUUCUACUCUCUCUUCCAAAUGGCUCUUCUAAAUUCUAAUUCCGCUUCUUCAGUUUGGUUGGUUUCAAAUGAGGAUCGGAGGUCGAAGUUGUAUGAUGGGAUGGCUCGGGAUUUGGAUGAGAAGGGAGCGGCUUUUCUGAAUCAUGGUGAGACUUCUCAGUCUUUGUCACUUUCGGAUAUUUUUACUCUCAAGGAUGGAACUGUGGAACCUGUUCUUAAGGCAGCUAAUCCACCUGUUCGUGCUAAUGUUUUGUAUCUCAGCCCAGAUUACUCAGUGCCUAUCUCAGAGACUAUAAAACAAAUAAUUAAUCCCUACUUCGACAAAUCUAUCUGGUUUCAGAACUCAAGUUUGUACCAUUUCAGCAUGUUUCAUGCCUCGCAUCAUAUUGAGCCAGUUCCUGCUACUGAGAAUGAGAUUGAAGCUGAGGCAGCUGCUGUUAGAGAUGUUUCGAAGACUCUGUGCCCUUUAAACAUUGUUUUAGAUAGGGUGGUCUUAACGUCUACAGGUGUGCUUCUAGGGUGCUGGCAGGUAGUUUCUGGAACAGAUCCAGUAACAAUCCGUGCCAAACUGAGAACUGCACUUCCCCAUGCACCAGAAAAGCAACUUUAUGAUGCUGCAAUUCUUCACACAUCAUUUGCAAGGCUUCUUGGUCCACCGAAAGCUUCAGCCACGGAAACGCAUAAUUCAGAUCUUGUCAAGUUCUUCCAUGAACUAGUUGAUCAACUAAACAAGAAACUCCGUGGAUUUAAGGCUACAGUUUCUGAGCUCUGGUACGUGGAGGAAUAUGAUGUUUUAGCCCUUGCUUUGAAUGGAAAAAUGAAUGUUCGCAAAAUUCAGCUUGGCUGCUCCCGAAACUGAUGUUUCGAAGUCGAGAGAUUUAUUCCAAUGUAUAUUCACAAGGUUCACGAGAUGAUUUAUAAGUGAUUUACAUGAACUUCCUUUUAAAUUGUUAUAUUACCUUCUUUCUGACAAUUUUACCCUCUGAGAUGUAUGAUAUAUCUAUAACUAUGGUAUCUAUGAAUAAUUUAGGUAUAAUAAUAGGGAAAUUUCAUAUUA